UAGGGGUAUAAAACGGAAAACGGCGCUUUUUCCAGUCAAUAUGUGCGUAGUCCCAUUUUAGUAGACACCACAAAGGUGUCUAAUUCUUAUCCAAUAUUGAGUUCUUAACAGGAGUCAAUAUGUUACUAAGCACCGUGAUAAUCUGUUGUGUGAUAGUUGCGAAUGCGGAACCGCCUCUUAACGGCUAUUCUCUUAUUAGCGACAGCAAUGGGUACAGCAACGAUUAUGGUAACACCGUUAUUAAUAAUGGAUACUUAGGAUCCAAAGAUAACUACGGUGGAAUUCAAAACGGUGGAAACAACUAUUAUAGUGCUGGAGAUAUCAGUCAAAACCCAUCAGUCAGCAGCCACUUAAUUAAUGUCGGCAAUCAGGAUGCUACAGGGGGAGGUGAUGUAGGGAACGGUUAUAACGGAUAUUCCGCGAACGAUCAUGGAAAUGAAUAUUCCAAUAUUUACGCGGGAUAUGCCAAUACUUACGUAGAGAAUUCCGCUAGCGAAUCUUAUAACGUACCUACUCGUGCCACAUCUGUACCACUCAGAGGAUAUACCGGCGUUAACAGUAACAGAGAACCAACCUUCAACGUGUAUUCAAGCGAUUCGGCCCACAAAGACUCCGAUUUUGGGCAGUACGCGGCUAGCAGCAGCAGCAGCAGCAGCAGCAGUAGUAGUAAAAGGAUACCAGCUUAUCCUACGUAUCCCAGACCAACCCGGCUAUUGGACAAUUAUCCCGAAGGUUCCGCUAACAGCGAUGUACAGGGACAUCACGGUUCCUCUGGUGCCUCAAGCUAUUCCCAAGAUGAGCUCUACGCACCUUAUUCGUCAGGCGGUCGUCUGACCAACGAGUACUCGUUUGGAAAGCAGAAGAAUGACCCGUUGGACUUGAAAGGCGGCAGCAAGUAUAGCGGUGUCUACUCGCCUCCAUUUGAUACACGUUACACACGGGGAAACGUCGGACAUGUGAGCCACAAUCGCGACUUAUCAUCGUACUUGUCAGGAGGUCCCGGGCCGGGCGGUCAUUUCUCCAAGGCCCACGGAAGCAUCUACUUCUCGGGAAAACCGAGUAAAUACAGCCACAAAUACUUGUCUCGUUACGCUCCGAAUAACGGUGUAGCUUACUCGCCGAGGGAACGCGAUUAUUACAUGCCUUACGGCAAAGGUAGCGGGAAGGUCUUCGGAAUUAAGGACAAUAGCCCGAGUUACACCGGUCGCGUUUAUCCCGAUGAACCACCUUUCGUUGGCGGUUACAGGAGUAAGAACGGCGGUUUUGUCAAUGGUUACUCCACUUCGCCGAAUUUCGAUGGGUACAGCGGCAGUAGCAGUUAUGAUGGUGGUCCUCCCGUACCCAGGCGAUACAGGACCAGCGGCCCUAUAUUUGUGCAAAAGUCUAUUUAUCCUUAAUGAUGUAAAAUCCUUUCGAUUUAAAAUAUAAAUAUAGAAAAUG